GUCAUACAACGGUAGAGGUCGUUCGUAGAAUAACAAAGAUGGUGGCAGAAUGAAACGAAAUGGUUGUUCCUAAUCCAUAAUUUUCGGUAUCUUUUAGGGGGAAAUUAUUUGAAUGGACUGUUUCUCAACAAUCUGUUGAUAUGCAAGGAUUAUUUGGACGCGUUUUCUUCAGAGCUUUUGCGUCGAAUGUUCAGACGGAAAUCAAAACAAAACAACCAGCAUUAGAUCCGCUAAAGUUUGUUACGGGCUGCUCUGGUUUUUCUAAAUCAUUAUCACCUUGUGGUACUGGAACUGGGCAAAGGAAAUGGUCAUUUGGUGAUGAUUCAUAUUUUAUUGCGAGAGAUAAAACUGCCGAUGUUUUAGGAGUUGCAGAUGGUGUAGGGGGUUGGAGAAAUUAUGGGAUAGAUCCAUCAGCAUUCUCUACCUCAUUGAUGCGAGUAUGUGAACGUCUUGUUGCAAAUGGUCAUUUCAAACCUCAGUCACCAGCCAACUUGAUCCAGGAUAGUUACGAAGAAAUUUUAGCACACAAAUAUCCUUUAAUAGGUGGCAGUACAGCUUGCGUUGUAGCACUUCACAAGGCAGAGCGCACAAUCUACACAGCUAAUCUAGGGGAUAGUGGGUUUAUGUUAAUUAGAAAUGGGGAGGUAGUGCACCGGUCCGAGGAGCAACAACAUUACUUUAAUACACCAUUCCAGUUGACAGUAGCACCACCAGAGCAGGAGGGACUAGUACUCAGUGAUAGAAUUGAUAUGGCAGCAAAGACUUCAUAUAAAGUAGAGGAAGGAGAUGUGUUACUUAUGGGAACAGACGGUUUAUUUGACAACAUGCAUGAAGACAUGAUUCUUGAUUACAUUUCUAAAUACAAGGAUCAUAAAGACUCUAGUAAAGUAUCAGCCAAUCACAUCGCUCAGAAGGCCCAGGAUCUCUCUCUAGAUCCAGACUUUAUGUCCCCAUUCUCAAUGUCAGCUUUAAAUGCAGGAAUACCUAUUACAGGUGGUAAGCCAGACGAUAUUACAGUUCUAGUUGCCACGGUAUCAUGUGACCUGGGUACCUAGCAACAGUGCCAUCUAGUUUAUGAAAAGGGACACAACUCAUCUAGACCAUAAAUUGUUUGUAAUUUUACAUUAGGCAAAUGUUUGUGUUAUGCUGUAAGCAGGGGAUAGGAAAACAGGGCGAGGCUUUAUAUGUACAAUGUACUAUGCAGUUAUAGGUGUUUUUUGUGGAGAGAUAGAACAUUAAGUAAAGAUGAUUCUUAAAUUUUUAAAAUGAGAGAAUCUAUAGACAGACGAUAAGUGCCAAUAAGGGAAAGUUGACAAUCUUGAAAAAUGAUUUUUAACUUUUCUUGUGUAAGAUUGAAUUUUUCAUAACAUGUUAAUUUAUUAAACAUUUUAUUUAAGAUAUAUUUAUAUGGACACAUUCGAAAAGAUAAAGAACUUAAAUUUUUAGAUACAAUGUUAUAAGAUGAUAACUUGUUAAAAUGAGAUUUUGUUGUCUUUAUGCCAUUGUUUAGAAAUUUGUUUUAUUUGCUAAAUUUCGUUUGUAGUUGAAAAAGGGCAUUAAAUUGAUUGUUUUAAUUUGAAAAUAGUUAAAUGCUUCAACAUUUUUUCUCUCUAGUAGUUAAUUCUAAAUAGAUAUUGCUUAGAUAAGGAUAUAUGCACUAAAUAUGCAAUAUUGCAAUAGGUUAAGAAAUUUGUGUGUUUCGUCAAUACAGCCGGCACUUGUGAAACUAUUUCCUGUUGUGAAGUGUUUUGCUUGUUCGUACAUCUUUGUUUAUUUAUGAUUCAGAUAUUCUAUUUUUAAAGUUAGUUUAAGCAAGGUUAGGUGUCAAUUACAAAUAUUGAACCGAGUGGUUAAGGCAGCUGGUUAAGGUCGUUGACUUUGAGCCACUUGCCCCUCACUGCUGUGGGAUUGAAUCCCAACAGGGACUUUGGAUUCUUUCAUGUGAAAACUAUCCAGCUGGCUUAUAGAACAUAGGUGGGCCUACUGAAAUAAUGCACUGAAAAAAGUAAAAAAGGAUUUAUGAAAAUAGGUUUUCGUAUGAAUAAAGAAAUUACUUAAAAAAAAAUAUUUUGAUAUUCAGAGACAAUUUUUAAAGUUUAAAGGAUGGCAAAUGCCUUAGACAAGCUCUUUACCACUUUUUCAAAAUGGUUAAAGUUCUUAUUUCAAAUCACUUGCCCUUCACAGCUGUGGAUCCGAAUCCCGUCGGUGUCUUUGGAUUCCUUCUUUGAUGUGAAGAAGCUAUCCAGCUAGCUUACAGGUUGAUGGUUCUACUUGCAUCUGAAUUGAUACUGAAGAGGCACCUAGGGUCUUCCAACAACUGAAAAGCUGGAAAGUCGUCAGUUGACCUUUACAUUAGUGGUGCGACUUGAACCCAGUCAACCCAAAGAAAAUAAGUUGAAUUUGUUCCAUUGACUAUUGUUUAAACUAUUUUGUACGCAUUUUACGAUUUUUAUGAUAAUUUGGAGACAAGAAUUUGGAGAGAUGCUGCUUUGAGGGUAAUUCUGUUCACUAAGAGAAUCUCUUAAGGUCACAUGUAGUCAUGUAUUGUAGGUGCUAGAUAUAUUAGUUAACUUAGUUUACUAUUCAGACUAAGAGUAUUAGAAAAUGAAAGUAAUUAAUCAAGAGAAGGUUUGGUUUGUAGAUGAAAAGACAGUGUAAAUAUUUAUACUGAAAAAGUAUGUACAUGUAAUAUCAUUGUGUAAAUAGGUAUUAGAGAAAAUUCUGUAUAUAUGAAGUACAAUUUGUUGUAUGCCAUUAUUUUGUAUGUAAUUUUUUUUCCAAGGGCUAAUGGCUGUUAAACUUGUGUUUUUUGAAACAGUUGAAUAAUUUUAUUAGUAUGUAUUCAAUAGUUUCAACACAAGAAACAAAACUAUCAAUUCAUUGUGUUGAAUUAUUUGCAUUUUUAAAGCCCUGGUUUAACGGCCACAGCCCAAUUGUCACAUAAAUGGAGCAUUUGCCAUUAUUUUUCACUGAAUAUUUGUGUUCAUGAAUUUUACUUAUCUGUGAUACAAGAGUGAAUGUAUAACUUUUUUUUCUAUACAUAUUUAAGAAUGGAAGCUGUAAUUGUCAGGUGUUUUUGUUGUUUUUUUUCUGUUGAAUAUUUUGUAUUUUUGUCAGUACACUUAAAAGUAUUUGAAAUAUAUGUUCUCAGAAGUUGGUAUGUGGAUCUAGAGGGAGCAUUUAUAUUAAAUGCAGUUGAAAUGAACGGAACUCUUACAGAAAGAUUUUAUCAGAAAACUACAUCCAGUUUAUUGACAGAAAGAAGUUAGUUUUAAUUAAUAUGUUCUUAUACUUAGCAAUUAGCUUUACGGCUUAUUUAAUUUAGGAAAAAAAAUCAUUUUUACCAGUUAAUUUAAUUAUACACAUGUGAGAAACUGAAAAGUAACAUCCUUCAAUUUGAGUCAUCUUAAAGGCACUGGACUAGGAUCAGUAAAGCUUAAAACAUAAAAUUUGAAUUUCUGACAUUGAUUAACUGGGGCAUUUCAAACAGAAAAGAUUAUUAAGAAAUAUACUCAGAAAUAAAUUGAUAAUCAUACUUAGCUAUUCUUCACCCGAUUUGAUUGAAAGAAUUGCAAUGCUUUAAAAUUUUGGGUCAUUUUUUCACAAGAAGAAUUCUUGAAAAACAGAGUAAGUGAAUAAUAUGAAAUUUUACACCCAAGUAAUUGGUCUAGACCUAUAUCAAAUGGUACAUUUAUUCCAAAAAUUAUUUCCAAACUGAGCGUGUCUAAAAACCUCAAGAAAAGGGAGUAACUCUGUCAUUACUUAUAUUUCUGUUAAUAUUUGGCUGUUUGUUGUAUAUAUAUUUUGCAAUAUUGAAAACCUCAAUGAUAUGAUUUAUUGUUGUAUUUACUAUUAUAUCACCAACUUGUAAGAAUUAUAAUUCAUAGUGCACAUUUUUUGUAUUUAGCACAUGAAACCACUUUGAAAAGAAAAAUGGAAACUUGGUGCAAAGAUUUUAUUGUGAUAGAUGCAGGUACACAUGUAUAUAAUUAUGUACUUUUUUGUUGUGAUAAAUGAAUGUUCACAUCUGUUUCACAUAGCGAGGGGUGACUGCAAAACUGUUUUAAGUCCAUUAUUUCAUAUAAGUUACAACAGUUUUGCAGUCAACCCUCGAUAGGUAAGUUAGUUGUACAGAUCAUUGAUUUUUUUUUUAUUCUUAUAUUGCAGAAAACUAAAUUUUUGUCUUUUAAUUGAAUUAUUAUACAGAACAGAAACUUGUGUAACUUAUAAGAAUUAUUCACUUGAACUUAGAAAUAUUUUGGUCCUUGCUGAUCUGUGUAAUUCGUUUAAGUAUACUAAGGUAUUAAAUUU